AUGAAUAAAUAUGGCACUCGAUUUAAAGAUCGACUUUUAGAAAAAUAAUAUUUAAUCCAUAAAGUUAAGGUUAUAUAGUUUCCUGUACUAACAUAUUUGACUAUUGGCGGCUGUAUAUUAUUACUUGCAAAUACAAUUGUGAAUCUGGUAGAUGUCAAUUACACAAAUGCAUUAAUUACAGGAGGCGUUAUGACAUAUUUAUUAUUCCAAUAUAUGGUUUUGAGAAAAUAUGAAGCACUUAAAUUGAGCUAUUGCAAUUUGGCAUUAAUGAUGACAAAUUUCGCUUCAUUGGUUUUUGAAAUCAUAAUCUAUCCAUCCUAUGAUUAUUACGAUGGUUAUUUACUUGGAUCUAAUCAAAUGCUGGUGCAUACAAUUCUGAUGUUUGCUUGUAAUUUGGAAUUAGGUAUCUUUAGCAAUAUGGUAUUAACAAUUGUAAGAGUUGUCAUAGUUGUUGAAGAUUCGGACAACCUUUCUGCCUAAUAAUACUUUUAUUCCAUUAUUGUGACAUUGAGUUUCAUGGUCAUUUAAUAUCAAAUUGAAAAACAAUAUCGACAAUCAUUUCUUCUACAAUUCAAAGACAACAGUUGGGAGAUCCUAGUUCCACUACUGCUGAAAAAGCCAUUUUUCAUUUUCACUUUCAAUCGUGAUACUUAUAUGUAUGAAACCAUAAUGAGUUCCUAAAAGGAAUUCUUUAACUCCGAAAAACCUCUUAGUACUUUCUUGUUUAAAUCAAGAGUAAAAUAGCAGACGCUCGAGCAAUAUUUAAUUAAAAAAACUAUUACAACGGAACAUAAGAAGUAAUCCUCAUGUUUAUUUAACAAUCAGAUGGAUAUUGAAUAUUAGAUGAAGAAACUGAAGGUUUCUAUAGUGUGUUGUAAGUUUGAACAGUUGAUUUACACUAUUACUAUAGACUCAGAAGAUCCACUCAUAAAUCAAACCAAUAUUAAAUUAAACUAAGCUUUAUAAAAUUGUAGAACCUUACUUAAUACUUAGAUUUUGCAAAUCAAUAAAGUUCUAGGUGUUUAUUUAUAAGAUACCUUUAGCCCUUUACUAAGGGAUCUUAGAAUAUCCCUUUAUGAAGUAUAUUAUAAAUAAUUAUCAAAUCAAAAAUUAUAAUUAGUAAAAAUGAAAAAAUUAUUACUCAAAUGUUCAAAAAUAUUCGAAAAUCCUACUACUAAAAUAAAGAUUGAUUGCUGUGAAUAAAUUCGAUUUGUUACUAUAAAACCCACUUUAAUCUUAUUUCUAUUUGAAUUAUUUAAAUUGGUUGAGAAGAAUUAACAAGUAUAGAUAUGCAUAAAUCAAAAAAAUACUACGACUAUGUUUAUCUAUGGUUUAAAGCAGAUUCCCAAAACUGAACAAUUUAAGGAAUGCUAAUAAACCCUAAUAGAUAGCACUCAUUUUGAGACUUAAUGUAAUAUUUUCUUACGAAAACUUAGAUUUUUCAUUUGA